ACAUGGGGACGUGACACUUUCUGGCUGGCAUUUGUCACUGCCUAUCCGUCCUUUCCAAUGUGCAAGUGGCCAAUGUGGGAUCCUUGUAUUCCACUGGCAGGAUCGUUCAUUGAACACUGGUUAGAAUGUUUGAAUGAUGGUAGCACUACUGAGGAGGAUGACGUAGUGAGUCAUAUUUGGAACGAAUUUUGUAAACAUGCAGCGCUCUUCUAUUUCCUUCCCCUUAUUUCC